UCAACUAGUUCAUUCUCCAUUCCCCCACACAGACAACGAAGCUAGCUGGAAGUCUACGAAGGACAAGAAGUCGGAGGAUCAUCAAACUCCAUGGGAGCUGGGAUGAAGCGCUCGAGGGACGAGGAGGUAUUGUCGCUGGCGCUGGCACUGACCACGGACUCAUCGACGUCGUUUACGACUUCAGCGGACUCAGCCGGGUCACCGGCCAAGAAAGCACGGCGACGCACGAGGGGCGCCGUGGUGGCGACGUCGGGUGAGGGGGAGUUCGUGUGCAAGACGUGUGGCCGUGCCUUUGCCUCCUUCCAGGCGCUAGGCGGGCACCGGACGAGCCACCUUCGGGGCCGCCACGAGCUGGAGCUCGGUGUCGGCGUCGCCAAGGCAAUCAGAGAACGGAGAAGACGGGAGAACAAGCAGCACGAGUGCAACAUCUGCGGCAUGGGGUUCGAGACGGGCCAGGCGCUCGGGGGACACAUGAGGCGUCACCGCGAGGAGAUGGCACUGCGCGGCGGCCACGAUGGCGUAGCGCUACUGCCGGAUCAGGUGGUGACGGGGCACCAGGCCACUACCAAGCAGCCGCCCGUCUUGCUCAAGCUGUUCGUCUAG